CACUGAAUAAAAAGUAAUGGGCAUGAAGAUUGGAUAGUGACAUAUAAAUUUCCAUAAAAAUACGAUUCACCAUACCUACUAAUACCCCUAAAGUGUCAAAUUUGUUGAGAAUUUAGAAGAUUUAUGCCCUGAAUAUUCAAAUGACAGUUAAAUUUUAAAAUUCUUGUUGAAAAUACUUCCCCAAACUGUCUCUGUAUUCGUAGCGAUUGGGGGUAUUCCCUAACCAGGAGCCGAUACUUACCUAGUACUUUCUUCAUCAAAACCUGCUCUAAGAGGAAGGACUGUUUUUAACGAUUUUUGGGUUUUCAAUACUUCCCAAGACAAAUGAAUAUUUCAUACUCGAUAUGCGAAAUCAUACUUAAUGAUUGACAGGAACUGAUUUGGAAUAAUGGAAAUAUUUUCUAUUUAUUAUCUUAAAUUACUAAAUUUAUGAGGUCACAACAGAUAUAGAUUCCAAUAAGCCACUAAUAAGCUCCAUUAAGAUUAUGAGUAUGGUUAAUCAUCACCAUUUUUGGAUUCACACAGUGGCUUAAUUACAGUUUUAUUUCAAACCUGUCAUUAUAUCGGAACUUUGUCAGACUUUUGAUAGGACUUUCUUCAUAUUCCAUGGCUAGCACUGAUUAUUUCCUUCCUAUAAAUGAUUCAAAUAAUUCAAGAAUUUUCCCAAUCAUAAAGAGUUACAAGCGCUGUCAGACUUUUGCUUGAUAUACUACUGUCCGAACAAAGGCAUCAACCAAAUCUAUCCAAUUUAUAACAGGAAUCAUGCUUUCUCCCCUCAAGCAAGGAAGAUCAGCAAGAGAGCCAUUAAAUGAACAUCAAUAGGCAUUUCAAAUAGAAAAUACCACAAUACUGAAACUCGGCAAAAGAUCCGAAUGGCUAAGAUUAAAGUGCCGAAUCAUCGAAUAAACCAGUUUACAGACCAAUCAAUGCUCAACAUUUGAAUCCAAAGGAAGCCUCAGGAGAAACUUCCUGUUAUGAGGAAUAAAAGCCAUGCUAAGCUUCAAACGCAUCAUAUCAGGGACUUGAUUUCUCCUGCUCCAGUGGUCACCAAGGAGCGGUCAAAAACCAGGAAUCUUAUAAAGCAUACAUUCACUAAUAAAAAGGGAAGAAAGAGGAGAAAUACUUUACUAAAAAGAAGAGGUAUUAAGAGCCAGAUUAGGAUAAACAAACCCAAAAGUAGAUGAAAAUUUCACCCAAAAAAACCUUCGUUAAAGAGCCCGACCAGUAUCCUAGAUGUCAUUGUCAGAGGUUCCAAUAGUCCAAACACUAGUGCUAAGUCAUCAAGCAAGGAAAGAAAUGAUAGUGACCAGCGAAAGAGCUCCUCUAAGAAUCGAAAGAAGGUUAGCUCUUUAAAGAAACAAAAGAAGAAUAUUAAAACAAUUCAGGAGAAAUAUUUUCAGAUGGGCAGUCAAAAAGAGACUUCUCCUAGAAAGUCACCCGAGAAGGACUCAACUUCCUCAUUCGAGAAUCUUGGCAAAGGACUAGUGGUUAUAGUCAGUAAAGAAGAUAGUAUUCCUAAGAAUAGUAGAAUCCAUAGUAACUCAAGGAAAAAAGAAUCAAAGCAUGCCCACUCUAAGACAAAUAGCAAGGAUAUGAGCAGUAAGGUACUCACCAGAGAUGAGGAUACUUCGGAGGUUCAAAGGAAUCUAUCGGUUCUUAGGAAAACCAGAAAGAACUCAGCUUCCUUCACAGCAGUUUUUGGGUCUGAAAAUUUAUCCAAUAACUCAGUAUCACCUGUAUCGGGGAGUGAUAAGAAAGAGGUUUUUAGAAAGUACUCAAAUGAUGCCUUUGCAAGCAAUGCGACCAAACUGAGUCCAACAAAUUCAAAAUCAGGGCAUAAUCCUAAGAGAGAAUCUCCAGUAGGACUUUCAUCCGAAAACUCCAGUGAAGAACAGUCUAGCAGGCGUGUUAUUUUCAAAAACAGGAUGAAUGGUACUCAAAACCGUGAUCUCAGACUUGGAGACAAAGAGAAAUUUCAAAGAAGGAAGAUUCUCAGAAAACCCAACUCUUUCAGCCAAGUUGAAUACCUAGAAACAACAAAUAAACUUGACCCAAAAAGAAAUGAGAGUCAUGAUUCGGUUCAUUCAAGUGAGGAGAAUACUGUAAUGAUGCCGAAGUUAUCUCAGAAAUCAGGAUUACUUAGCACCUUCGAAAACAAGAAUUCAGAAUCUCAAAAGUUAAGCGCUCCAAAGACAACCAAGGAGAGGUUCGUAGAGUGGCAUGAAAGGCUAUAUAAUAAGGAAUAUAAGAAAACUAACUCUAAAAGUCCCAAUAAGAAUGAAAGUCUGAAUAUCAUCAGUGAAGACUCUUCUAUACAGAGGAGGUAUAUGAGCCCUCAGAAUUCAAUGAAGCAGAAAUUAUCCUUCAAUAGCUUUUUAAAGGUAGAACCCCAAAUUGCUUAUAAAGCUCCGCCUAGGAACCAUGAGAGUUUCAACAACAUGAAAAGCUUCAUGCAAUUACAAAAGUCAAAUGCUUUAUUUCAAGAAAUAAAAGAAGAGAAUAGAUGCAAUAGUGGGCACAACGAAGACUUUACCUCUGCUGUCGAUAAGGAACUAGUUAUACGAGGCUGGAAUAAACUCAAUAGUUCCAAACUUAGCGUCAUAGACUCUUCUAUAAGUAAAGAAGUCCCUAAUGAUGAAGAAAGAUAUUUAGUAGUCUCAAAGCAUAAAUAGAAUUAGUUUUAUUGAAUCAGAAGGAAAGGAAGGAAAUAAUUAAAAAACUUAAGUCAAGAAACAAAGAAAAGGUUGAUAAAAAAUUGAAGACAAACUUAUCAAAGAAUGUUCAAUGGGCUCAGAAAGAACCUUUCAACAUUUUCUGUCAGAACACUCCAAAUCCUCAAAAAUAGCCUAAAGCCUAAACUACGCAAAAGAAGAAGGAGGAACUCUCGUCAGAGGCUGCGGGUGAAUCUCUCCAGAACAGAUCUAACUCAGGUUGGGAAAGGCCUCCCUCAUUUUCAUUAAAAAGAUUAAUGAUUUUCUCACACUAUAGCUUUCAAUCCUUUAA